AUGAUAGUGCUGGUGGUGAUAUUUGCCGUCUGCUGGCUACCAUACCAGGUGUACUUCCUGGUGAUCCCUGCCUUUCCGGAGCUCACUCAGCAGCCCAUCGUCCAGGAGGCGAGCCAAACCUUCACCUUCAUAUACGAGGACAACAGCAUUCGCACCCUCUGCUACUUCAAGUGGCCGGACGGCGAGACCAUGGACAGCACCCUCGAGCUUGUGUACAACGUAACCAUCUUCGUGCUGACGUACUUCCUGCCGCUGGCGGCGACGGCCUACUGCUACACGCGAAUGUCAGUGGAGCUGUGGGGAAGCCAGUCCAUCGGCGAGGCUACCCCUGUCCAGGUGGAGAGUGUCAACAGCAAACGCAGGGUGGUGAAGAUGAUGAUAGUGCUGGUGGUGAUAUUUGCCGUCUGCUGGCUACCAUACCAGGUGUACUUCCUGGUGAUCCCUGCCUUUCCGGAGCUCACUCAGCAGCCCAUCGUCCAGGAGGUGUUCCUCGGCAUUUACUGGCUGGCGAUGAGCAACUCCAUGUACAAUCCGCUGAUCUACUACUGGAUGAAUUCACGGUUCCGGCUUGGCUUCCAGCGCGUGUUCCGCUGCGCCGGCCGCAUCCCACCAGGUGACGGUGGCGUCCGGUACCGCCACCGCACCCAUAAUCACACGACGCGGGUCACGCUGGCUGACCUCUCCAACAAGAGCAGCGCCAACGGCAGCACGCCCCGCACAGGUGCAGGUCUGAACGGUGAGGGCAACCACGUGUGAUGCGGGCCACCGCAGCGCCUGGACCCGCCGGCUGCCGGCCCCCUGCCCC